AACUAGAUGGACACAGGGACACACCCCCUUGUUCUUUGUAUAUAUUCCAAAAAAGCUCAGCCACGUGUUACGUAUUCAAAAAGUUUGUACGGCGGAACGUGAUUUCCCUGAGAGGUAUUGGCUUCUCUGGUGCACCCAAGAAAUAUAGACGAACAGUAUCUCUGACACAGUGUAGAGCGUUUUGUGCACACAGCUGAACAAUGUCUGAGAAGUUUAUUUUCUUCCUCAUACUUCCCACAAUUUUAAGUUUUCCACAAGAUAAUAUUUAUUUUCGCGAUGAAACCAUUGAGAUUGGAAGUAGAUGCCGAGCAGCUGAGGGUUUUGGCACAUGUGUCCUGGACAAAAAUUGUCGCGAUAACAAAGGACAAUACUCAAUAAAUAAAAGACCAAUAAUUUGCUUUUUCCACGAGAUGCAAAGUCCAGUGAUUUGUUGUCCAAACAAUCUGGUUGUGCAGGAGGAAAAAUCAUCAAGUCCUUCGUGGGAAGAUACGUUUACAAGGCGCCCUAGUGCAAAACCCAAUCAAGCCAAUCAAUCAGAUAAUUUGGAAAAUCCACCUCAACCACCGGCGACAUUUGCUCCAAUUGUCCCAGCACAAGCUCCUGUUGAUGCACCAGCUGCCCUAACAAGAAUCAGUGCAAAAAAGUGCCAGGAAUAUUCUAAGAAUUUCACAAACGAAAUGUACGUUGAGCCCCCAUCAGUUUUCCAUAUAUCCGUCGUGGGGGGUGUUCCAGCCAAUCUUGGGGAAUUCCCCCACAUGGCAGCACUUGGGAAUCCCGAUCCCGAUGGAAAUGGCACGAAAUUUUUCUGCGGAGGAAGUCUCAUUAGCGAGAGAUACAUUCUAACAGCAGCCCACUGUGUCGGUCAAACCGUUCCAACUGUUGUUCGUCUUGGGGAACUUGACUUGACAAAAGAUGACGAUGGUGCCACACCACGAGAUUACGGAAUAGAACAGAUUUUCUCUCAUCCCGACUACAAGGGAUCAUCAGUUUACAGCGACAUAGCUCUCAUAAGGCUCAAUGAAACUGUCGAAUUCUACAAAUUAGUUCGUCCUGCGUGUCUCCCUCAGAAUGCAACUGAAGAAGGACUGGGAUUAGCUGCCUACGGGUGGGGUCAUACAUCUUUUGGGGGCACUGAAUCACCAUUUUUGCAGAAGGUUACACUCAGUGUUUUCACCAAGGAAGAAUGUACUCCAAACUAUCCCCCAUCGCGAAGACUUAAGGAUGGGCUUAGAGAAAAUCAAAUUUGUGCGGGAGACUACAGCGGUCUCAAGGAUACUUGUCAGGGGGAUUCUGGAGGACCUCUUUCUAUAUACACAUACAAUGAAGAUGCCUUUGCAAAUAUUUACCACAUCUUGGGAGUAACGUCCUUUGGACAAGGAUGCGGUGGUGCCACACCAGCUAUAUAUACCAGAGUAUUUGCCUAUCUCGACUGGAUUGAGAAUAUUGUUUGGAAUUCAUAAAGAAUUCAAAUAAAACAUAAUUAAGCAUUCAUCAAAUUAAAAUAUUAUAUAUCCUUAUUUAUAUAACAUAUCGGUGAAGGCGAAAGGACAUAAUAAAAGUAUUAGAAUAGAAAAAUAAAAUAAUUAU